AUGGAUCAAGAGAUAUGUGGUGACGCGUUCAAUUCUUUAGUUCAAAUUGAGAUGAAUCAGAAAAUUCAAUUAGUGGUGAUUGGUGCCGGCCUUAUUGGUCCUAGACAUGCUCAACAUGUACACGAUCGUCCUGAUUGUGAACUUUUUGCCAUCAUUGAUCACUCCGCAAAAGGCCCAGGUGUCGCCAGCCAGUUUAAUACACUUUUGUUCCGCUCUGUUGAUGAAAUGUUGGAUUUUUGUGACGAGAGAGGCUUGAGGGUUCCUGAUGGAGCAAUCGUAGCCACUCCAAAUCACACGCAUGUUUCGAUUGGCAGCAAGUUGGCGGCACGAGGAAUACACAUGUUAAUGGAAAAGCCAUUGGCUCCCACCGUUGCUGAUUGCAAAGCAUUAAUUGCUCAAUGUCGAUAUCUGGGUGUUCACCUUCUUGUUGGACAUCACCGUAGAUUCAACCCAUACAUUAUCACUGCCAAGCAAAAUAUGGACAAAGUGGGCCGUCCGGUGGCAAUCCAAGGAACGUGGGCUUUGAAAAAAGCGGACACAUACUUUGCAGAAAAACCUUGGCGCUCAUCAACGAAGUUGGGAGGCGGAACCAUGCUAAUCAAUUUAAUUCACGACAUUGAUUUACUUCAAUAUUUAUUGGGGCCAAUUGUUAAAGUUUACUCUGAGUUGUUGAUCAAACAGAGAGCUGGAUCUCACGAUGGUAAUGCUGUGGAUGAAGGGGCAGUAUUAACGUUGAGGUUUGCUAAUGGCUGUUGCGGUACGUUUGUGUGUGCUGACAACGUGAUCUCACCAUACUCUUUUGAAUCGGGUACAGGUGAAAACCCCACCAUCCCUCACAGCGAGAAUGCGUCGGGAUUUUAUCGCUUGUUCGGUAGUGAUGGAACUCUCUCAAUUCCGGACUUUACGUUGCAUCACCAAAAUAACUUACCUUACGACAAGCGUCAUUGGUUGAAUCCCGUGUCGUCAGAGAAGUUAGACCUUUCCUACAAGGUGCUUCAGGAUUUCGAUGGAGGCGGAACUCAAAUGAAUUAUGGUCUUGCUACCCCUUCUGCAUCUCCCAAUGACAAGGAUAGCCCCAUCCACCACAUUGGUCAAAAGCCGCCAGUACCAUUUGAAUUGCAACUCGAACAUUUUGUAAACCUUAUCACUGGCCGCGAAUCGGAGGUGAAGUGUACUGGAGAAGAUGCUAUGAGGGCUCUACUUUGUGUCGACGCAAUUUUGGAGUCGAGCAGAACUGGUAUGCCUCAGUAUGUGCCUGAAAUAGACGUCUGA